AGCCCUUGCUCUCCUUCCCCAUCCCCAUCUCUAUGACCCGGAAGCGCCGUGCGGGAAAGGCGCUCUGGCCCGCGCCGCCUCCGUAGCCCAGCGCGCCGCCGGCCUAGGCCGCCGAGGGCUGACGUUGGACAACAAAGAUGGCGGCGGCGGGGGGCAGCAGCAACUACUGGGAGGAUCUGAGGAAGCAAGCCCGGCAGCUGGAGAAUGAGCUGGACCUCAAGCUGGUCUCCUUCAGCAAGCUCUGCACCAGCUACAGCCACAGCAGCUCCCGAGAGGGAAGGCGCGACAGGUAUAGCUCCGACACAACCCCUCUUCUGAAUGGAUCGAGCCAAGACCGAAUGUUCGAAACAAUGGCUGUGGAAAUCGAGCAGCUCUUGGGGAAGCUGACGGGGAUAAAUGACAAAAUGGCCGAGUACACCAACAGCGCCGGAGUCCCAUCCCUCAACGCAGCUCUGAUGCACACCUUGCAGCGGCACAGAGACAUCUUGCAGGACUACACACACGAAUUCCACAAAACCAAAACCAACUUCCUGGCAGUGCGGGAAAGAGAGAAUCUCAUGGGUUCAGUGCGGAAGGAUAUCGAGUCCUACAAAAGCGGGUGUGGCGUCAACAACAGAAGGACAGAGCUUUUCUUAAAGGAACACGAGCACCUUCGGAACUCUGACCGGCUGGUAGAAGAGACAAUAAGAAAAGCAUCUGGCAGCCUUCCCCCCCCCAUCCCGCCAGCUGAAGCGAGGGGAGCGCUUGCGGCGGCCUUUGCAGCGAGCGGAGCCUGAGAUGUAUUUAACAUUAGCACUUGGCUCGGGGCCCUCCCACCCGCACAGCUGGCUGGCAGGGCAUUGUGGCGGGUCGAUUGGGUUGCCUCUGCAAGCCCCCAAACCCAGCCCUGCGCAGAUCGGGGGCCGCUCAGUUGCCCAGGGUAAGGAUCGUGGUUCUGGACAAAAACAAUUAUGCAUUUCUUGGGCAGAAAACGGCAGCUCCCUUGCCCAAGGAAACCCUUUCCAGCUGAGGGCCACAUCCAGUCCUGGGCAACCAUCUGAGGGCCACAUGCCUGUGGUGGGCGGGGCUAGACGUGGAAGUAAGUGGAGCAACAGAUGCAAAUCUUGUAAUUCUUCAGUAGGCUGGUUUCUUCACACCCACCUGCCCUUCUCUUGGAAAAGGGCCAUAGCUUUCCAGGUUCAGUCCCCAGCAUCUGCCAAGUUUAAACUAUCUUCAGCUUGAAACCCUGGAGAGCUGCUGCCAGCCAGUGUAGACAACCCUGAGCUAGAUGGGCCCAGUCAUCUGACUACUGAGUCAGCUUCCUAUGAUUCUAUACUCCAUCUGCAAAAGUAAGAAGCAUUAUCAGAGUGAAUUUUCUGCUUUAGGGAUGCAAAUAAUUUGGUCAUAUGCCCUCCCCUUGAUGAAUGUUUAUGUUUUACCUAUAAAUACCGAAAUGUCACACCACGUCUCCCUGGCAAGACCUGUGCUCAGUUCUGGGGCUUUUUGAAUAUUUGAAUUUUUUUUUAAUGUCCCUACAUGGGCUGCCGCAAAUCCACAUUGGCCAGCAGAACAAACCUUUAUUAUUUGUAUGUUCAGAGUACAAACUGAGAGGCAGAAAAGCUAAUGCUUUGGAUUUCUGGUGAAAGGAAAACUUUAUGAGGUGGGUUCCUUUACAGGUCGAAAAGAUACUCAGGGAAGCUGUAUAAUUUUUUCCUCCGUGGAGAAAGUAGGUAGUGAGCAUUCCUCCCCCCCCCCCCCCGCCCUCACAAUACUAGAACCCCAGAAAGUCACCCAUUGAAACUGAAUGCUGGGAGAUUCAAGGGAGACGAAGGAAGGACUUUGUCACAUAGUGCAUGGGUAAACUGUGGAACUCACUGCCACAAGAGGUGAUGACCAGCAGGUUGGACGGUUUUAAAAGGGGAUUUGGGGGGAGGAAUUCAUGGUGGAUCAGGCUAUGAAUGGCUACUGACUAUGAUGGCUACGCUCCCUCUCUGCCAGAGGCAGUAUUCCGCUGUAUCUCAGUCUGAGACUCAUAAACAGGGAGCAUGCAGUUGCAUGGUCUGAUCCAGCAGCCAAGCUCUUCUGGUGGCUUUACGUAAAGAAGGUGGAUACUUAGGCUGGGAAGUGUUAUCGUCUGAGUGGAGGUUUUCAUUAGCCAAUCACAUAAAUCACUUGGCUGUCAUUCACCAAUUACGUAAAGCCAAUUAUGGUUGUUUAUUUCACGGCAGUGCAAAGUUUCUCUGACUUUCUAAGUCGGGCCAUAGCUCCGUGGCAGAGCAGCUGCCUUGCAUGCAGAAAUCCCCAGCUAAGGUUGGGGAGACCUGGACAGACACUGCCAGUCAGUUCAGACAGUGCUAGGUGGAACCCAUAAGGCUCUCCUUUUGCAUUGGAAGGACCAUAGCUCAGCGGCAUACAGCAUCUGCUUUGCACACAGAAGGCCCCAGAUUCGAUGCCCAGCAUCUUUGAGCAGGACCGGAAAGAUCCGGUGCCCGAAACCCCAGAGAGCCACUUUAAGUCAAGUGUAGGCAAUUCUGAGCUAGAUGGACGAAUGAGUCUGACUUGGGAUGAAGCAGCUUCUGGUACCUGAUACUCUCUUAGCAAGAAAUCCACCCAGGAAAUGCACUUUCCAGAGUUACAGAGCAGCAUGGCAAACCUCUCUCUCUCCCCCUCUUGCUCCCUGUGUUGCAGAACUUCCUUCCUGUCUCCCAUUUUCGUUUUCACCCCUUUUCCUUCUGCUUCCUGCGCAUUUGCUGGCAGCUCCUCCAGCUUCGAGGAUCCCCUUUUGAAUCCCUUCCUUUGCCACACCACAGAAGGAGAAGACUUUCUUCUGCUUUGUUUUCCUGCCUCCGUCCCCUGCUCGCCUGAUCUUCAGAAGAGGGCUCCCAGAAGAGUGCCGGCGGGUUGCCUCUCUUUCCCCUUGGGCCUGGGUAGCUGUGGAAACAAACACCGAUUUGCCGUGCUGCGUAUACAGAGGUUCCCGUUUUUAAAAACACAUACAAAAACCCAACAACGUCCUAUACAUCUGCCUUGGGGUUUGCCCCAACUUAAAGGCCGCAUCUUAACACGGCUAAACACUUCUGAAACAAAGCAGACCUCAAGAAAUAAAUAAGAGCAAGAUUCAGCAAAGUGAAGCUUCCCCAUCCCUGUAGGGCCCGGGUUCAAACCCCAGCGGCAUCUCCAGGUAGGGCUGGCGGGAAAGACUCCCUGCCUGAAAGCAUGGAGAGCUGCUGCCAGCCAGUGCAGACAACCCUGGGUGGCGUAGGCAAGUGGUCUGGCUCAGUAUAAAGCAGCUUCUUGUGUUUGUAUCUUCCUCUCCGCUCCUGAUUAGCUUUUCUGCUGCCCAGCCUGUCCGCAAGUUGUGCUUCGCACGACCUCUCCCCACAGCAACCAGGGCUGGCUCCAACACCCUCAUGCACAACUCCCUGUCACUCAGCAAAGUGCCUUUUCACUGUCAUCACCAGCUGCCACCGCCUCUCUCCUUCCUUGUUGCGGCCGCUCCCUGCUAGCUUGCUUGCAUCCUUAAAACAUUCUAGGCUUUGGGUCGCUUAUGGUCUUCUCUUCACCCUCUGUGGUCAGUCCUCUUGUCAUAAGCAGCACACUUUAGACCGCUUCCAACUUUGAAAAGGAAACGCCUUCAUGGAGCUUUAAACACAAGACGGUACCUGCUCGUGGGGCCUUCUGCUGGUUUUAACAGCCAUCCCCUCU